CGCAUGCGCAGUGUUUAUUCUGUGGUGUCGCGGGAGCGUAAGAGGGUGAAAGAAAAUGGCGGCAGCGGUGGAGAAGAUCCUUGGGGAGCAGUAUUACAGGGAUGCCAUGGAGCAGUGCCACAAUUACAACGCCCGCUUGUGUGCUGAGCGCAGCGUCCGGAUGCCCUUCCUUGACUCUCAGACAGGUGUGGCUCAGAGCAACUGUUACAUAUGGAUGGAGAAACGGCAUCGGGGACCAGGUGAGGCCCCUGGCCAGCUGUACACUUACCCAUCCCGCCGCUGGCGCAAGAGGAGGAGGGCGCACCCUCCAGAAGAUCCCAGGCUUUCUUUCCCCCCUCUUAAACCAGAUCCAGAGCAAGUCAUGAAGAAAGAAAGUUUAAUCCCAGCCGACGGCAGCAGCCUGGAAGCUCUCCUGCGCUCAGAUAACCUAGAGAAGAGAGUCCUACCCGAGCCACGUGAUGACGACAGCUUGACAGAGUUCCCCUCAAUGACCAGCCGAGCAAGGAAGGUACAGGCCUCCAGCGGAAGGCAGCAUUACGUUGCGCGCGGGAUUAUCACGCGCAUCUUGGAUCCCGAUGAUUUCCUAGAUGACCUUGAUGAUGAAGAUUAUGAAGACGACACACCAAAAAGACGUGGCAAGGGCAAAGCCAGGGGUAAAGGUGUGGGCAGUGGCGCCAGGAAAAAGCUAGACGCAGCCGCUUUGGACGACAGAGAUAAACCUUACGCUUGCGACAACAGUUGCAAACUAAAGCAAACUUCGAAAUUCUUCGAAAGAGUCUGCGGAAAGCGUUACAAAAACCGACCUGGUCUGAGCUAUCACUAUGCACACUCUCACCUUGUGGAUGAAGAAGGGGCCGGGGCUGAGGAUAAGGAGGAUUCGCAACCUCCCACCCCAAUCAUGCACAGGCCAGAGGAACAGAAAUCCAAAAAGGGUCCAGAUGGUCUUGCUCUUCCGAACAACUAUUGUGACUUUUGCCUUGGUGACUCCAAAAUAAAUAAGAAAACAAGCCAGCCAGAAGAGCUUGUAUCGUGCUCAGACUGUGGUCGCUCUGGGCACCCGUCCUGCCUGCAGUUUACGCCUGUGAUGAUGGCAGCAGUGAAGACGUAUCGCUGGCAGUGCAUAGAGUGCAAGUGCUGUAAUAUAUGUGGGACCUCUGAAAAUGAUGAUCAGUUGCUGUUUUGUGAUGAUUGUGACCGUGGAUAUCACAUGUAUUGCCUCUCCCCACCCAUGACAGAUCCACCUGAGGGAAGUUGGAGCUGUCACUUAUGUUUGGAUCUACUAAAGGACAAAGCUUCAAUUUAUCAGAACUCCUGACAGGUCCCUUCUGACAGCACGUGGUGAGGGGCUAGUAAGACUCUCUGUGACCCUCAAAAUGAUCCGGAGCUGAGAAUCCUGCUACUUUGGAAACCGAACUGAUGGGUUUUAUGGCGCUGUCCUGCUUGUAUCAACUGAAUGAAUUCAUAUGUAUGUGUCUGUAUACCUAGGCACAAUAUACGCUUGUGUCAUUCUGUCCCACACGCUCAGUGACAGAGGGUUUGUGUCCUAUAGAGAGUAUGUUUAGAUGGGCACUUAAAAUAGCCAAAACUAGGCUCUUUCCUGGCAGGACACAACCACUCUUUCCUACAAUGUACAAGAAAAGUUAUAUGAGAGAAUGGUCACGUUAGAUUAGUCCGGUUUACCUAGUCCUUCAAAAACAUUGUUUAAUGCAGAGAUAUAACAGAGUGCUGGUUUAUUAGCUGAAAAAUGAUUUAAUGCAUUGUAUGUACAAUGUAUAAUAUACAAUGUGUGUGUAUAUAUAUAUAUAUAUAUAUAUAUGUGUGUUUGUGUAUAUAUAUAUAUAUACACAUACACAUACAUAUAUAGAUAUAUAUAUGUUUUUUUUCCCAUUAUAUUAAAAAAGUGACACCAGUGUUUUGAACCUGA